AUAAAAGUCAUGCAGAACUGACCUCCUUUUUGCAUAAAUGCAAAACCUUCUCUCCCCCCACAUUGACCCGUUUUGUUAUCCCCCACUCCACACUUCCUGAUAGAAAAGGAUGACUUCAUCCACCCCUCUCAGCGUGGAGCCUCCACCCUGCAAACAAGGAUAAGCACAGCAUCCACGUUCUCGAUGUGAUGCACCUGGUGAAGAAUCUGCACCUGCCAGUGAGGGCUGGUGGAAGAAGCGAACAUCAGACCUCUUGGUUGGCUCACCUGGAAUGUAGUCCCUACAACCCACAGCUGAUGAAAAUUUCCGUGGCCUGCCCUCUCCCGGGAACGUACCAUACCCAAAAGUGGGAGCCAAGGGGAGACAGAGCUUUGUGUUCUUGGCUUCACCCGUCUAGACUGGAGUUUCUGCACCGUCAGCCCUGGGACCUAGAGUGGUUGCUACAAUGGAAGGGAUCAGUAAUUUCAAGACACCAUGCAAAUUAUCAGAAAAAAAGAAAUCUGUAUUAUGUUCAACUCCAACUAUAAAUAUCCCGGCCUCUCCGUUUAUGCAGAAGCUUGGCUUUGGUACUGGGGUAAAUGUUUACCUAAUGAAAAGAUCUCCAAGAGGUUUGUCUCAUUCUCCUUGGGCUGUAAAAAAGAUUAAUCCUAUAUGUAAUGAUCAUUAUCGAAGUGUGUAUCAAAAGAGACUAAUUGAUGAAGCUAAGAUUUUGAAAAGCCUUCAUCAUCCAAACAUUGUUGGUUAUCGUGCUUUUACUGAAGCCAGUGAUGGCAGUCUGUGUCUUGCUAUGGAAUAUGGAGGUGAAAAGUCUCUAAAUGACUUAAUAGAAGAAAGAUAUAAAGACAGCCGAGAUCCUUUUCCAGCAGCCGUAAUUUUGAAAGUUGCUUUGAAUGUGGCAAGAGGGUUAAAGUAUCUGCACCAAGAAAAGAAACUGCUUCAUGGAGACAUAAAGUCUUCAAAUGUUGUAAUUAAAGGCAAUUUUGAAACAAUUAAAAUCUGUGAUGUAGGAGUCUCUCUACCACUGGAUGAAAAUAUGACUGUGACUGACCCUGAGGCUUGCUACAUUGGCACAGAGCCAUGGAAACCCAAAGAAGCUUUGGAGGAGAAUGGUGUUAUUACUGAUAAGGCAGACAUAUUUGCCUUUGGCCUUACUCUGUGGGAGAUGAUGACUUUAUCCAUUCCACACGUUAAUCUUUCAAAUGAUGAUGAUGAUGAUGAAGAUAAAACUUUUGAUGAAAGUGACUUUGAUGAUGAAGCAUACUAUGCAGCUUUGGGAACUAGGCCACCUAUUAAUAUGGAAGAACUAGAUGAAUCAUACCAGAAAGUAAUUGAACUCUUCUCUGUAUGUACUAAUGAAGACCCUAAAGAUCGUCCUUCUGCUGCACACAUUGUUGAAGCUCUGGAAACUGAUGUCUAGUUAUCACCUCAGCUGAAGUAUGGCUUUUAUAUGUAACUUUUUUCCAAAACAUUUAUAUAGUUACUAUCAGUAGUUAUUAGACUCUCUAAAAUUGGCAUAUUUGAGGACCACAGUUUCUUGUUAAUAUGUAGAUAACUAUUUCUAAUAUAAGCAUAUUUCAUACUUGUUAUAAGCAUGUGGAAUUCUACUGGGUUUUCUGUAAAGUUUUAGAAACUAGCUAUUUAAGUACUUUGAUGUUGCUCAUGCAGAAUUAAAACACUAGCAAUAAAAUACGGUAAACUGUGUAUAACAUUAAUUUUAGUGAUCAUUACUUUUAUUAAUGAUCUUUUUUAAAUAUUCUGUUUUAAUGGAUCUACCAAAAUUAGCACUUUGUACAGUACAAAAUAAAGUCUGUAUUUGUU